CCCAUGAGUGAACUCGCACACAAAAGUAUAGAGUCGUUUUUCAGAAGUAAACAAGUCCAAGUCUUUUGCAUGUCAUUCUGAAUUGUGAUUCAUUCGAUCACAUUUUGCCAGGAGAAAAAUCGCCGACAAAUUGCUAGUUUUUAGGCUUUAUUAUGGUUGUUCUAAUUAAUCUCCGUUUCUAAUUUUUCACUAUGGUUGUUCUAAUUUACAAUAAUCACAUUUUUAAUUUAAUACAAAUACAAAUAAUUAUAAAAUUCGAUAUUUUUUUAAAAUUUAAUAGUAGUUAAUACACCUAUACCUUUCAGUUUCGACGCUUGCUUCGGAUAUAAUGCGUAUUUCUUUAACCAGACACUUCUUAGAACCUCUACGUAGAAAAUUCAUUUCCAAAUGCGCAUUUCAAGGCGAAAUAAACACAAAUAUUUACUGUUUCCAAAUUUCGAAACUUUUGUCCUCCAUAUUGUUUUUCCUUUGUUGCCAUGGAAACCAAAAGGCUCAGUGACGUCAGUGGUCUUGGAAGCGAGAUACUUUAUGUAGUGAUCAUGUAGUAAAUUCAAUAUGGUGGGUCCGUCAAUGGGAUUUAAAAUUUUUGUGUAAAUAAAGCGACAAAAUAUGACAGAUGAAAAGCCUCGUGGUGAUAUUAGGGAGGAUUUUCUUCAUGCAAGGCAUGUGAAGUUCUUUAUAAGAUGUUUGAACGUCCUUCCUUCGUCGUAUUCCUCGCUUGAUACCACAAGGUAGAGUAUAAAUUUGAAUAAAUUGUAGCAAUUUUACUAUAUAAAACUAGUACUUAGCUAGUUAGCUUUUAAUAGUUAUUUGGCAUGCUGUUACAGAGUCUGCAUUUGAUUUUUGUCUUUUGAAGUUCUCAAAUAGAAUUUUUCCAUGACUAGUUUGUAUGGAAUAACACAUUCUGAUGUGAUAUUAGCCAUUUUAUACUAUUAUCUAUACAAGAUAACUGCAGACCCCCACAACACCCCCCGUAACUCCCUCUAACCCCCUGUAAAUCCGCCCAUGUUGUUGUAAGUGAGUUGUGCACUUGAUUUACAUUGUACAACUUAAGCAGGUCGCAUGUAAUAGUGUUAUGCAAAAGUUGUGCAACCAGUGUGAAUUGGUCUGGACAAUUUCAAAAUGUAUUUAAUGUGUUUAUUUUCCAGGUUGACUAUUGCAUUUUUUGCCUUAUCUGGUUUGGACGUUUUGAAUGCAUUAGAUAGAAUAGCCGAUGAUAAAGCAAACUACAUUGAUUGGAUAUAUUCUCUACAAGUCUUGUCCAAGGAAGGUAAUUUUCAUGACUUGUUGCAGCUGUAAAUAACUUUUUAUUUUGUAUUAUGUCAGGGCGUUCAUUUCCUUAAUGUGUUAACAAUAAUCAUGGACAAAGGAAAACAGCACUACUAUGAAUUGUUGGCUUAAAGAUGCGGUACAGUCCGUAUGUAAACAAAGGCUUUGUUUACAUUUCGGUAUCCAAAAUAUUGAAUUUUAUUUCAAUUGACAACUAUUUAUAUUUUCAUCAUUCUAGACUAUAAUAAAUUAUCAAGAGACAACAAUCAAGCUUUGCAAGAAGAUAAAAUGAAAUAAAAACCUAAAUAAACUGUUUGUAAAUAAAGAGAGGGCUCCUUUGUGCACAUGCGCAGAUCAGACUGUACCGCAUCUUUAAUAAGUUGAAGAAUUAUUGUGCAAGGGGGUCAUGGAUACCACUAGGGCGGGUGUGGUUGCCCUUCACUGCAUCCCACUGGUACAUCCGCCCCUGCUAUCAAUAUUUACUUUGCAUGGCCACCACUUACUGCCAAGGAUUUUUGGUUGAUGUGGCCAUUUUUCGUUAUCAAAUUGUGAGAUCUCAAAUGCUCUAGCUCUGUUUAAAGACAGAUGAUUUGACCAAAGUUAGCAUUUUUUUCUUACUGUUACUCAAGGAAAGAGAAUUGUGUAUUAACAAUAAAAUUUUUUAGGAAGAGAUGUAAACAAUUGUGGUUUUAAAGGCUCAUCAACAUUACAUUUAAAGGUACUGUACAAGAAAAUAAUUGUAACUUUUGUUUUGUAAAAAAAACACCAUGUAUGUAUUUUAUUUGCCAGCAAGCUUUCAAGCUGUACGUCUGUACAUUAACUAAGUAAAUUUGGAUACUAUAUAUAUAGGGGUAUGAAGAUUUUGAAAGUCCCUUCGACAGCGGCCAUAUUGCCAUGACAUAUGUUGCCUUGGCCAGCCUUGUAAUACUCGGAGAUGAUUUGUCAAGAGUUGAUAAAAAAUCAGUCAUUGAAAGUUUGAAACAUCUGCAGCUUGAUGACGGCAGGUAAUCACCUUCGGUUAAUAUUUGAAUGUCAAUGUUUGGCAUUUAUAAAUAAAAUGAAGUUUUCGACCUACUACAACUGGAUGUUUGGUUUUUUCGUAGUUUUGGUGCGACGGCAGAUGGGAGUGAAAAUGACAUGAGGUUUAUUUUCUGUGCAAGCUGUAUAAGUUACAUGUUAAAUGAUUGGAGUGGGGUGAAUAUUGAAAAUGCUGUGAAAUACAUUAAAGAUAGUUUGGUAAGAUUAAUAUUCUGAACAGUGUUUCUGUAAGCCAGCAGAAAUGUUUGAUCAUAAUUAUGUCAUUUUUAGGCUUAUGAACAUGGAUUUGCACAAGGUCCCUUUCUAGAAGCAGUUGGUAAGUGUUUGAUUUGAUAUUCUUAAAAAACAAGACCGGGGCACAUUUGAGAUAUCUAUUUCAAGUAGUUCAGACACAAACCAUGGCAGCUUUUUGUGGAAUACUAUCUACACUGGACCACCACGUUUGAGAUAUCUUUUUCAGGUAGUUCAGACACAAACCACUACAGCUUAUUGUAGAAUACUACUUACACUGAGCCACCACGUUUGAGAUAUCUUUUCAGGUAGUUCAGACACAAACCACGACAGCUUAUUGUAGAAUACCACCUACACUGGACCACCACGUUUGAGAUAUCUUUUUCAGGUAGUUCAGACACAAACCAUGACAGCUUAUUGUAGAAUACCACCCACACUGGACCACCACGUUUGAGAUAUAUUUUUCAGGUAGUCCAGACACAAACCAUGACAGCUUAUUGUAGAAUACCACCUACACUGGACCACCACGUUUGAGAUAUCUUUUUAAGGUAAUUCAGACACAAACCAGGACAGCUUAUUGUAGAAUACUACCUACACUGGACCACCACGUUUGAGAUAUUUUUGAAGUAGUUCAGACACAAACAACGAUAACGUAUUGUAGGAUACCUUUAGGUAGUAUUUGAACUAUCUGAAAAAGAUAUCUCUAACAUGUUAGUGGUAAUCCAGUGUAGGAGCUGGACUAACAUGUUAGAGAUAUCUUUUUCAGGUGUAGUUCAAACACUGGACCUCUGAUCCGCACAUUUGAGUUAUUUCUGCAUGCAAAGUCGCUAAUUUCAAAUUCAAUUACAUGUUUGUUACAUCUAGGUGGAUCCACGUAUUGUGCAUUGGCCUCAUUGGUUUUGAUGAAUCGUCUUGAAUCAUUGACGUCUGAUCAAUUAGAGAAGAUUAAAAGAUGGUGUAUAUUUCGACAGAAAUCAGGCUUCCAUGGCCGUCCCAAUAAACCUGUUGACACGUGUUAUUCCUUCUGGGUUGGGGCUUCGUUGAAGGUGGUUAUAGUACGGUACUAUUUAAAGACAACCCAAUACUUUCAGGGUGCGAUAAUUCAAGAUUUUUAGUCGAACAUGACUGGUACGCCAAUGAUUAUUGCCGCGUACUUGCGCAAAUAGAAUACUCAAUUUGUACUUAGUCGGAGUUAGUCUUUAAUAAUAUAGUACAGGUUUUUGAAAAGUAUAUGCAAACUACGAGUUAGAACAAGAAGCACAAUUGCAUAUACAAACAAUCGACCCAACAUUCCUUUGUGGAAUAAAUUCAAUCAUGUUUCUUGUCAAGAUAUCUGAGAUAUGCCAGACUUACACAUACAGCUACUUCAAUUAAGGUUGUCCACGAGCAAAGCAGAAAAGUCGAAUACGAGCAGGAAAGGCUGCUGGGAAUCGCUAACAAAUUAAUGAAUUUUCAUAGCGAUUCCCAGCAGCCUUUCGCGCUAUUAUUCUACUUUUCCGCUUUGCUCGAGGGCAACGUACAACCUUAAUUGAAAUAGCUGUAUACCAACUAAAUUACGGUAUUGAAUAAUUGGAAAUGUAGGUCAUGUGGUACCAGCAAAAUGUAAGUACGCAGAUAGCAAGAGUUGCGCGUACCUACGUGGUACAUACGUCACUGAAAACAAAGAAGCACCAGACCGUACUAUUGGCGUACCUCCGGUACGUAAGUACGCGAAUUAUCGCACCCUGAAGACUUUGUCCACGUCCCAACAGUGUCUUGGACCCACUCCUAAAAUCAGCUGUCUUAAAAUCAAGUUUAAUGUGUUAAUACUUUAUAUCUUUCUAGCUUUUGGACUGUUAUAAUUUUGUCAAUUUUGAGAGUAAUCGAGAGUUCUUGAUGUCGACUCAAGCUCAGUCUGUUGGCGGGUUCAGCAAGUGGCCUGACUCGCAUCCCGGUAUGUUGACUUACAAUUUUUCACAUUUCAUAGUUUUUAGUGAGGGGCAAAACCACUCACAGUCCAAGCUGAAACAAUUAUGCAAUUAUACAGUUGGUCAAAACCGCGUACCCCUGGAUCUAUCCCUGGUCUUAUUGUUCCUUUGUUUUGUUUUCAGAUGCACUUCAUUCCUACUUUGGUGUAUGUGGUCUUGCGUUGAUGAACGAGCCGGGCGUACUACCCGUGUAUGCGCCUCUCAACAUCAGUGAACGAGCAGUGAAGCAUCUACAUCAAUUACACAUGACAUCAUUAGCUAGUUAAAAUUUAAUAAUUAGUUUACUCAGUCGACAACUAGGGAAAUUUCGUAUAUGUACCAGGCUGGCCUUUUUCCGCAAAAGAUCGUUGGAAUGAACUUACUUUGAAAUGUCAUUUUGAGUGUUUAUCAAAGCCCUCGUAAGAGCUUUUUUUUAUUUAUCUAACUUUGCCUUGGUAACAAUAUUAAAAAUCAAAUUACUAUAUAAUAUUAAUCAAUUGACGAAUUGUUCAAUUGAGGAUUCCCCUUAUCACGUUUUCGUAGCGCUUUGCAUUGUGGUUAUAGUGGUAUCACUGAUAAAGAUAGCGGCCUCGAAUAAAAAUAUUGAAUGUUUUCGCGAAUAUUUUGCUGUUGCAGGCUAUCGCGCACCUGACCCUAGCCUUUUUUAGAAGUUCUUGCACGGGUCAGGACAAAAAUUAAGCCAUCUUGAAUAUCAGUGAUACCACUAUAACCACAAUGCACAGCGCUACGAAAACGUAAUAGGGGAAUCUACAGGGAAUCUAGUAUUGACGUGGUCAACCAACCAGCCAAGAGAUCGAUCAAUCAGACACUUAUAGAAAAUAUAUUUUACCAUUGGUGAAAACAAAACCUUUCCAUCCCAACCAAGAGAUAAAGCAAUCGUACACUUACUUAUAAACAACAUAUGUUACCAUUGGUAAAAGCAAAACCUUUCCACUCAAUGUAAUAUUAUAUUAAGAAUAUGAAAAAAAAACCCAAUAAAAAGGGUCUUGAAAGUCCUGGAAAAGUCCUUGAAUUUCACCUUCACCGUGUUGAUUGUAUUCAAUAAGAUCUGAUGUUCUGUAUCGUCGCUCUUUGAAGAUAAUACCAAACGCAUUACGCGACAAUCUUGUCAAUCUCUCAGAUUUCUUUGAUUUCGGUAAGAAAGUAUUCUCCACACGGAUAAAAUUGUUUAUUAGUUUGAAGAAAAAGACAUCGAAUUACUCUGUAUUUGUAUGACG